CUUAUUGCAGUUUACGUCGUUUCUGUUAAGAUUAUAAAUAAUCUUGUGACAUCAAAUCGAUUUUCAGUACUCUCUAUCGAUUAUUUCGGAACAAAUUGUUACGAUAAUAAGUCGCGCGAGAUGAUUUUAGAUACAACAUGGUUGGUAUACCUAUGUUUGAGCCCAAUUGUAAUCGUUUGGGCAAUUUUCGUAGUGUUAUCUUUUAGAAUGGAAUUUAAAUUGUGGAAUUAUCGAAAAGUACCUGGGUUGCCAAUUUUCGAAAAUUAUUUCGUUCUAACAAAUCUUAAAGAUGUUUUAAAAAACGUUAUGAAGUUUAAACAAAGAUAUGGCGAUAUCUUCAAAAUAAACAUAACAAUAGGAAUGCCAGCUUUGGUAAUUUCGGAUUUGAAGAUUUUAGAAUUUCUUUUAGGGACAACGCAAAUUUUAGAAAAAAGUUAUACAUACAGUUUCUUAGAGAAGUGGUUAGGACACGGUUUAUUAACUAGCCCACCCGAAAAAUGGAGAAAAACGCGCAAAAUCCUCACCCCAGCUUUUCAUUUCCAAAUUUUAGAGCAAUACGUAGAAUCGUUUCACUCCACCACAUCCAUUUUAAUCAACAAAUUAAAAUCAUCAAUUUCAAAAGACCCAAAAACUCCAAUCGAUAUUUAUCCUUACAUAACCCUUUGCACUUUAGACAUAAUUUGCGAAACGGCCAUGGGCACCAAAAUAAACGCCCAAGAAAACACUCAAUCAGAAUACGUAAAGGGCGUAAAAGAAUUAUGUAGAAUUACCGUAGAAAGGACGGUUAAUCCAAUGACGAUGUUUCCAAUCACUUACAUGUUCACAAAAGAUUAUCGCAUCGAAAGACAUUAUUUAAAAAUUUUACACAACCAUACAAACUCGGUUAUUAAAAGGAGAAGAGAAGAAUUAAUUAAAAACGAUCACCCAAAACAGAAACGAUUAGCGUUUCUAGAUUUACUCCUACAAAGUACUUUAGAUGGUAAACCAAUGACUGAUGAAGAAAUUCGAGAAGAAGUUGAUACAUUUAUGUUUGCAGGCCAUGACACAACAGCUUCUGGAAUUAGCUUCAUUCUUUAUUGCAUCUCAAAAUACGCUGAUGUUCAACAAAAAGUGUGUGAUGAAAUCGAAGAAAUUUUAGGAAAUGAUAAAAAUUUUAUCCCCACAAUCAAACAAUUAAACGAAAUGAAAUAUCUAGAAAUGGUUAUUAAAGAAUCAUUGAGGUUGUUCCCUCCAGUUCCCAUUUUUGCAAGAAGUCCUUUAAAUGAUACUUCACAUCCCAGUGGAUUAUUUCCAACUUGGUCCCAACUUUUAGUAUUUGUUUACGGGGUUCAUAGGGACCCCAAAAAUUAUGAUGAUCCAGAAACUUUUGAUCCAGAUAGGUUUUUACCUGAAAAUCAAUCAAAAAGGCAUCCAUAUAGUUAUUUAACUUUUAGUGCUGGACCAAGAAACUGCAUAGGGCAAAAAUUUGCUAUGUUAGAAAUGAAAUCUACGGUUUCUUUGGUUUUAAGACAUUUUAUAUUAAAACCUGUGGAAGGAUUCGAACCAAAACUGAUUCCAUUAACAGUUUUGAAAUCACUAAAUGGCGUUCAAGUUAUCUUAGAAGAAAGAAAAUGAAAAAUAAGUUUGAUUUAUUUAUUUUACUUAACGCAAAUGUCUAACUUAUUUUGAUUAAACACAUUAAAUAAU